UCUGAAACCAGACCGAGUGCCGCGUGGAUCUCUCCUCAAAAGAGCUGAGCGUCCGAGGAAAGAGCGUCAGCGUUUGUGAGGGAGUCUUUGUGAAUCAGAUUCCACGGGAUACAAAACUUCCAAGAAUUCCAAGAAAAGAAGCUUGGAGAAAAAAGAACAAUGUCAAGUGCAAUCAUGAGGCGAAGCUCCAGCAAGCAAGGCUUGCAGAACCUCCUGAGAGUGACAGCUCAGCGAAGUAUCGAAGAUGCUGAGGAGAUCGAGAGAGAAAGGCGACGUCGGGCCCGGGAGGCCUUCCGCAGUCAACAAAGCCUGUCUGGAUCUGCUGGUUCCCCUCAGGACAGUGUGAACCCUCCUGAGACCGGCCUUUAUGAAAGUGAAUUCAAACCCAGCAGUCAUAUUGCUGUGGAUGAGGAUGAAGGUUUCAGCGACUGGUCCCAGAAGCUGGAACGGAGAACACGGUCCAGAAUGGAUGAGAACGGCAGUGGAGAAGAGUUACAGCAGGAGGAGAAAGAUGUGAAUGCAAGAUCUAGACAAAGUGAGAAAAGCAGCUUCACCACCUCCAUACAGUAUCAGCAAAUACAGGACAGGGAGGAAGAAGAGAAAAGACCAGUGACGAGGAGGAGCGCUGAGAGACGAGUGGAGAUCAGCGAGAGGGUGAGCAGUCCAAAACCAGAGGAAUGGCAUGACGACAUUAGAGAGAGCAAAAGAAGACAACAGGAAACAAAGCCACCAAUGGAGAACAAGACAAAAGAGGAGAAGAAGGAGGUGAAGGUGUCAUACACGUCUAAAGUCUUCCUACAGCAAGACAGAACGCCUAAUGGCAAUGGAGUGGCAGUUGCAGAGGAAAUGACAUCACAUCUGGUCAAAACCAAAAGAUCACCCAGCAGGACUGUAGAUGUAGACCAGACCUUUGAGACGAAGAAAGACAUGCACGCUGGUCUAGAGACCGAACUGAAGCUGGAGAAGAUCAGACGCAGCCACCAGGAGAAAGAGAACCAGGAGAUGGAGCAGCUACGGCAGCGUCAGGCCGAGGCUGAGCUGGAGCUGGAAGAACUGAAGAAGAAGAGAGAAGAACGACGCAAGGCUCGUGAAGAGGAUGACCGGAGGAGAGAGGAAGAGGAACAGCAGAAACUGGUCAGAAAAGAGGAGGACAAAAGGCAGAUGAAGGAGGAUAUUGAAAGGAGAAGGAUGGAAGCAGCUGAGAAGAGAAUGAAGAAUAUCAACAUCACUUCCACAGAUGGUGAUGAUCCAUUUAACCCCCUAAACCCCAUAAGUCCAACUUUCAAGAUUACAGAGAGAACAGAAUCCUUGAAUCGAUCAUUAAAGAAGAGUAACAGUUUCAAGAAGACCCAGAGACCUGUACUCCUACCCAAGAUUGAUGACAAACUGGAACAAUACACUCAUGCAAUCGAGAUCUCCUCUAAAGACGCAAAGAUGACUAAAGCAGCAGCAGUAGACAUGCCCAGCGUCUCUGCUCCGGUGGCCUCCAAAAAAAGCCUGUUUGAAGCAGGAGAAGCCUGGAGUCAGAGCAGCCCAAAAGGAACGCCUUUGAAGGAUACAGACUGUGUGAAAGUGGGUGUAGCAAACCUGAUCAACCAUUGGGUAAAAGGAAGUCCAGAAGGUGGGAACAGAAACUCCCCUUCCACACCAUCUGAUGUUAAACCAGGAGAUGUUCUUCAGAAGAAGAACAUGUGGGAAAUUAUUGGAGAAGGCUCUGCAGCCGAACGGUCAGGACUGGGAGGAAAGGGUUCCUCCUCGGGUAAACGGUACAAGUUUGUUGUGACAGGCCAUGGAAAAUACGAGAAGAUUUCCUCUGAUGGUGAUCAUUACAGUGUCUACCCGAAUGGAAAAUCAAGUGAUUUUUCCACUGAUCACUUGUGAGGAGCUCAACAGUAACGUCUUUCCUGAUUCACCAAGAACACAUAUACAUUAACAUAUAUGUAGUACAAUAUUUCAAUCAACUUUUCAAAACACAAGGAAGAAACAAUUACACUACAUUGUAUGUGCUUUUGUGUUUUUAUUCUUUUUUAUGAUUUAUGUUCCAUUUUGACUGUUCUAAUAGCAUGGCUUUGGGACGUCUUCCUAUUUGUCUUAUAUACAAUGUAAAAAACAGACUUAUUCUCAAAAAUCUAGCAGAAUACAAAGUCCUAGUUUCUUUUGUCUUUCCUCAGUAUUUUCUGCAGUAUUUGUGCUGAUAUUAUGCCCACUUCUAACAAUGUAUGAGUAUGAACUGAAUGUGAAUGUCAAAUCAAAGUUAUGAUUAUUUGUCAACUGUUUUUAUAUUGAUUAUCUAUGCUAUUUUUAUACUACGACACAUUGUUAACUUCAUAUAGACUUGAAUAGUAGAUAAACGGUAGAAUAGUCCAAAAACAUAUUCCAAAAUCCCUGCAGUUGAUUAAUAUGCAUUUUAAGCCACAAGCAAUCUUUUUACUGUUAUAUUUUAUUACAAAUAUGACUUUUUUGAUUUUCUUACCUCUCUGCUCUUGUUCUUGCAUAAUGCAUAAUUGACUACACUUUUUGGUUUUCAAGAAAACACUGGAAUUACUCCAUUUAUCGUAUUUAUAAUAUUAAUAUAAACAUGUUUGUUUAGUUAUGAGCAUUUUGCUACCCAAUGGUAUUGAGAAUGGUUAAAACAAGAAUGUCAUUCAUAGGCCAUUACAGCUUUUAUUUUCAAUAAAUUUGAUAUUUUGUAUGAUUCUUAA